AUGGAGGUCCUGAAAGAGAAUGAGGAAGAGGAGCAGAGAGAGGAAGAAGAGCUGAAAGCUUUGGAAAUCAGUGAUAAACAGCAUGAUGUGGAGAGGAAGUUGUCUGUAGACCAAGCCUGCACACCAAAUGAUGUACCCGAUUUUGACUGGAGUUCCAUUGACACGUCCGAGUUACCAUCUUCCUACAAGACAAAUUCCUCAAAGGAAAAGAAGCUGCUACGCAUUGCCGACAACUUCCUUCAGCAGUACGCUCACCUCUGCCCCGACCGCGAGCCGCUUCUCCUUCACCCAGUCAAUGAGUGUGGUGUGGAGAAGUUUGUGAGCACAACGGUGAGACCAACCCUCCUGCCUUAUACAGAGCUGUACCACUGGGAAGGCUGUGCCAGCUUUGUCUCUGAUUACCUCACCAUGGAGCCCCUCAAGUCCCCUAUCGCACCACCCAGUUCACUCUAUUCCCCAACCACCAUCCUGAAGUACCAUCGAGGGAACUGCUUUGACUUCAGUGUGCUGCUGUGCUCCAUGCUGAUCGGAGCUGGGUAUGACGCUUACUGUGUGAAUGGGUACGCCACCCACAAGAUAUGCACCAUGGACGAGACUCUGGAAGUGUGCCCACUGCUCAGGAAGCCACAGGAGGUUCCAGAAGAGGGAGAGAAGAAGUCCAGCAAGUAUAGAGUUAAGCCCCCCCCCAACCCCCCCGCCCAACAGCAGGAGGCCAAGAAGGAGGCAGAAACUGAAGCUGCCAGAGAGAAAAAGGAAAGGGAAGAGGAGGAGAAAGCCAUGAUGAGUCAGCAAGGUUCAUCCUACUCUGAAAGUCCAGGAGCAACAGCUGAGACACAGGAAAUGGAGAAGCCCAAGCGUGACCCUUUGUAUGGCUUACGGGUGCAUGCGUGGGUCUUGGUUCUGUCGGGGAAGAGGGAGGUUCCAGAGACCUUCUUCAUCAACCCCUUCACAGGAAACAGCCACAGCACCACGGAUGAGCAAUUCCUUGGUAUCGAGAGUGUCUGGAACCACAGGAACUACUGGGUGAACAUGCAGGACUGCUGGAACGGCUGCAAGGAUCUCAUCUUUGACUUGGGUGACCCUGUCCGCUGGGAAUUCAUGCUUUUGGAAACCGACAAGCCUCAUCUGCUGCUCCCAGAUGUUGAGGAGGAUGAAGAGUUAUUUGACAGGAUUAUGGACAGUGUGGAAAAAGAGGAGGAAGACAGGAGGUUUGACAUGCCACCAUCCUGGGUAGCCCCAAUUCAGAUUUCUCCCAGAGAAUUUGAGACCCGCAGUCCCCAGGGGAGGAAGGUGAUCCUGUACAAGAAAGCAAAACUGGAGAAAUGGAGACCGUACCUGAACAGAAAUGGGCUGGUCCAACGCCUCGCUGUCUAUGCAGACUCACACUAUACCAAAGUAGUGGAGGUGAAGGAGUGGUUCAAAAACCGGGAAGACAUGUUGGACAUGAGAGAAGUGAACAGACAAACACAGCUGACCACGGAACACUUCCACCCAGGACACCUCCUAGGUCUUAAAGCGCACAUCUAUACAUCAAUGGAGCCAGAGACUGAACAUACGAUGGAGUUUUACAAUGAGGCGCGAGUUGAUGGCCUCCAGAAACGCAUUGAAAAUGCCAAUGAGAUGACUGAAUACUUCACUGGACGGGAUGACUUCCUGUACUUCCGGCACGUGGAGUUUGGCAAAAGAGUGAAGAAAAUACAUGUGGCUGGCACCAGAAUUGACAUUAACUCCCGGCCUAUAGUGCAAAUCAAGGAGUGUUUCCACAGAAACCCAGAAAAGCCUCCUGAUGAAGAUGUAGCAGAACGUAUCUUUCUGAUCACAGAGGAGAGAAUCAAUCUGACAUAUCACCUCAAUGAUAAAUAUAUCACUGCCUCAAAGAAGAAUUUCCUCAAAGGGGCAGAGAGGGAUAGGAAGGGAAAUGAAAUCAUCAUGACCCCAGAAACAUGCAUCACAUACCAGGUGGGAUCCUCUGAGACGGACAAGAAGCUGCUCCAUCUGUACAAAUUGUUGCAGAAGUUAAUAGAGGAAGAGAAGCAGCUGAAACACGAAGUCUGGGAAUCUGCAACAGAGGUGCUAGAAAUUUUGAAGAUCCGUGAGGAUGAAGAAGCAGACAUCAAAUUGACGGUUUCAAUUUAUGAUACAGAGCGGAAUGAAAAGAGAAGACAAGAGUAUGAAGCCACGGAUGAUUUAAUGGAGGAUGACCUCCUGGGACAAGAGGAGCAGGACCUGGAUUACCUAGCACCUUUUCUGAUUCAAAUUGGCAAUAUAGAGAAAAUGAGCAAGUGGCAGGCCUUGCGUCUCAGGGAAGACUGCCUGACUGAUUUUAAGCGUCGUCUCACUGACAAGGCCAACGUCAUCCAAGCUCACUUACAAAAGGAGGUAGAGGAGCUGCAGAAGAAGGAUCAGUGGUAUCAGGAAAACCAGAAUCAGCUCAGCAUGGAGGACGAAGCUGACUUCUUAGCCUAUUGCUCUGAAACCAUGUUCCGUAUCCGCGUUCUAGCCUUGAGGCUCAAGAGGGAAAAACAGGUGGCACCACAGAAAUACCUUGCUCUCGAAGAAAAACUGCGCAAGGACCCUCGCCUAAAAGUGCACCUCAGUCAUCCCUGAUUUCUCCUUUAUUCUCUCACACCCGACACUGGAAAUCAGUGUUGAAGCCUGUUACAAAUGCCCUCAAAAAACAUAGAAAGGUUUUCCUACAUGCCUUCAACAAAUCAUUUGUUACUUAACUAAU